AACAGUCAUUCUCACUUGACACUUCUCACCGUCCUUCCCUCCAAGUUCAGAAACCAUGAAAAUUGAAAGGGAAAGUGGAAAACCCUUGAAAAACCCUAACUCCCUUUCUCCUCCGUCCUCUCCUCCGAAGAAACAGCAAAAUUUUCGUAAACACCACAGAUUAAUUCAUGGUUUUUAUGCAGAGUAUGAAACCCCUCAUCUUCCUCUAUCCUCCUCUUUCAAUUUGUCAUCUCACCAGAACAAGACCAUUGCUCUCUUUUCAGAUCCCUCAAACCCUCUUUAGCAAAUCUCUAUCUAUCCUAAACCCUAAUAUUCUCGACCUCAGACCCUUCUCUUCUUUCAAUCCCGCGGUUUCGAGCUCCGUGGACAGCCUGAACAAGCAAAUGAAGGUGCCUCGAUUCUCUUAUGGUGAAAUUUACGUCAUCGUCGGCCCAAUGUUUGCUGGUAAAACCACAGCUCUCCUUCACCGGAUCCAGACUGAAAGUAAGAAUGGCAGCUUCAAGAAGCUGCUGCCCAAACAAAAAGGAGGACUUCAUUAACCAUCAGCCCAUGACCAUGAUUCUUCAUCACUGCAAACAAGGUAACAGAGUUGAGAUACAGUUUUGGGAAGUUUAUGCUUACAUUUGGGGUUUCAGGAAGCAGGCUGAACUAACACUUAUCCGCCAUAACAUGGUCCAACCAGUCAACUUGACCUCUUUGACUGAACAUGAGCUCAGUUUACUUUCAGUGGAAGUGAGUGGUGUUUGAUCCAUUCGACUCCUUGCGGUGGGAAGCCCGAGAGGAUCUACUACAAGUGUUUUCUUCUUCUUUAAGUUCUUCCUCUUCUUGUUUUCAAGGUUAUUGCAAGGUUCUUCAAACGGGUAAGGGAUCUGAACUGCUUUUGAUUUCUGGUUCUGGAAAUUUCAAGAUUUCUCCUUGCUGUCCCUACUCUGUUCUAGAAGAUCCAACCAGCCGAUGGCCCUCGCCUUUUGAUCGAUUGUUGGGUUUAUUAAGAGGGAGGCUCGACCUUAAUUUGGGACCAAUCAGACCAAGGGAUUUUGAGUUAUGAAGUUUAUCCCUAUUCUGGCCGAUUGUGUUUGGUUUAUUUUUGCUGCCCAGAAUUUUGGAUUGGUUUGUCCAGAUUAUUGCUGAUUAGUUACUGAUUUGAUUCUCCAUUAUUUUAGUGUCAUUAGUGGGUGAUUUAUGUCCCUAAUCCACUGGUUAUUACUUAGUUACAGAACUGCUGAAUUGUUGAAAUCGAUUGAGUUGUUAGCUUCCCUAUUGAACUCGAUAGCCUGCUGGACUGUUAUAUACUAUUCUGAUUUUUCUGUUAUGAUGUUGGGGCUGGUUUAUGGUUGUUCUUUGGUUUAAAAGUUCCUGUUGUUUGGGUCUAGUUUAAGCUUUCAAAUCUAGUCCUACAUUACAUGGUAGAAUGAGUAGUGCUUGCUGGAAUCAUUAGAACAGUGAAGGGAAAAGAAGAAAGAGAAAAGAAAACUAUUAGAAGAAGGAAGGGGAUAUGACUUGGUCUCAUCACUAAGCCUAUGGUCAUCUUCAUCACCAACCAGCUUAGUUUUAACACCCAUGAUCUGCAACUGAGUCACCACAGCAGCUCAUUCUCACAAGAGAGUAAUGGUUUAAUCAUAAAAAAAUUGUGGGCUGUAGCUAGGUAAAUAGGGAAGAAAAGCCCACAGUAUCAAACUGAUCUGAUAAAGAUAUAAUAACCAGUAGUAAUAUAAAGCAAUUCUAAAAUCACAGACCCAGAAUCUGGGUGAUUUUAGAAAUCAGUAUAUCAAAGUGUCAGAUUGACACAACCAGGCUUUAAGGACCCUUUCAGAUAGAUGAAAUCAUACCCAAAAUAUUUCCAGAAUCCAAUGGCCAGAUUCCUAGAUAAAAGGGAUCUUGAGCAAGCCAAAAUCCCUCGAAAAACAACGGUAUCGUCAGUAUAUUGGAGUGAUAUACUUUAAUCAAUUGGAGGCUUGGAUCAGCCUCAAAGAGGGAUCAAAGGUCCUCACCUGAGGGGCCAACAAUGCCUUAAAAAUUCAGGUUGAUCUGCUGGCCCGGUGCAAAGUAUGGGCAGAUCUUAAUUCUGCCAAAAGAAAAAGCGGAAAAGAGAGUACCACCAGCCUCUUAUCUUGAUAAAAAUGAUUUUGGGAGAUGAAUAACCACAUGGAGUCACUGAAGUAGGUAGUAUAUGCAAGGUAACCCUAGUUUAAGGGCUCCAAUCACUGAAGAAGAAGAAGAGAGAAUCCUAUCAUGGCCUAGGCCAAUUACUUAUAUUAAGUCUUAUGCCCAGAGUCCUACUUAGAGUCCAAUUACAAAUAGAACAAAUAACAAUGACUACCAAGAUUCUACUAGACUAGACAUAAACAAACUCUACUAGAGUAACACCAACUUAACAAGGAGGACGACUGUCCUCACCGUAUGCAUUUAACAGUGCCGUUUGCUAUUAACAGUGCCGCUUGCUAUUAUAUGGUCUUUAUGGAAUUUAAUGGAACCUUGAUUUUGAUUUCCAUAGACAUAUUAGUCCUCUCAUCUAUGGUUUGGUCAUGGCUUAGGAAGAGUUCAAAAAGGUACAUUUGAACUAUACUUGUGCAGUCUUGAUGGAGAGGCCAUAUGCUCUUGCAAAUGUAUUUCUUAAUCAGGUUGUACAGGUUUUUGUUAUCACAUACAGAUGAAAAAAGAAAAAAAGAAAAGAAAAUAUAAACAUUUGAAAGAAAUUUUAUUUUUCAUAGGUCAAGUUGCUCUCAAGAAAUUCUUAAACUGCUUUAGAAUGGACUAAAUUGGUUUAACAUAAUAAAUACAAAUGAAGCUGGGAAGUUUGCUCAAUUCUGACAUCUGUUUUUUCCCCCUUGUAGAGCUAUUCAAUGAGCAAUGAGGAUGAUUCUGUUGGUUGAAAAGUAAUAAAUGAUGCAACCUUCUCUACCUUCUCUUUAUUCUCUUCUUUGAGCUUACGAUCUGCCUCCUGCUAAUGAAAACCUUCCAGCUUGAUGAUCUAUCUCAAGGAGAAAUUUGGGGAAAAAAAUUUAGAAAGUGAGACUGUUAUCUGUGACAAAAUCCAAAACAGGAAGAAACAGUGUCUAUGUAUGAGAAAAGAAAUAACUUGGGAGAGAAAAAGACUAACUCUCAGUUAGAGAAAGAACAACCCCAACCGUGAGAUAUCAUGUAUAUUUAUAAGAUUAGAAUUGUGUAAAUAUGAAUUAAGAACAUGUAGGACUUUUUUGUGAUACACAAGAGUCCUUAUUAAGUAAAGUCUUUCAACUUAAAUCCUAUGGCGGACAAUAAGAAAUUUACAUAAAUAACAACUUAAACACUCUCCCUCAAGCUAGAGCAUCAAUUUCACCCAUGCCCAGCUUGGAACAACCUCGAAGAAAAACUUUCCCGAAUAAGCCUUAGAAAACAAGUCACCCAGCUGAUCGGAGAGCCAACAAAAGGAGUAGAGGCUGUAACGAAACCAGGACCUUAAACCAGUACCUGUGAUUAUGAAGAGAGAAGAGAAGAAAGAGAGAAUGAUGGGAGAGAGGAUGUGCUGAGAACCACGAUAGACGCAGCUUGUGUGUUCUACCGUGGACCAGUACCUUUGUUAUAAUAUUUAGUUAACAUGUAUUGUACUCAAGUAGGAAUCCUACUAAGAGUAGAUUUCUAAGUACCAUGGUACAAGGUUUCACAAGAAUUUGGCUAAAUCUCGAGUUCCAUUGUGGCUUCGCAAGGUCUCAAACGAAACCUACUGCGAUAUACAUUUUUGUCAAAGCUUCGACAAAAAUUUCGUAGUUUCGGCAAAAUUUCGACCAUGUUUUGGAUUUCGGUAUUGUUUCUGUCAAAUCCUUUGUAUAAAAUGCAUGGUUUGAAUAGAAAUUUUGCAGUUUCGACCAUGUUUCGAGUUUUGGUAUCGUUUCGCUAGUUUCAGCAUCUUUGUAAUGAACCAUGUAUAACAUUUGAUAAUUAUGAAAUGGUUUUUAAUUUUAUGUUUA